AACUCUCACCCCGUCAAGUGUCAAUUGGACAUCUGUCAAAAUUUGUUUAUGUUUCAGGCCGCAAAAAUUAUUCUCACAAAAUGAGUGUGGUUCGUGAAAAAAGGGAGACGAUUCCACGACCUUUGCCCCUCGUUGAAGCGUCGAAAAACAUCACCCCUGAAGAUGUACUCAGAUUAACAAAAAUCACAGAUACGUAUUUGUGUGACCCCGAUGCUAACAUUUAUGACAUAGACUUCACAAGGUUUAAAAUCCGGGAUCUGGAGAGUGGCGCCGUCCUGUUCGAAAUUGCUAAACCUGUCCCAGAGAAUGUUGACGAGAAUUCAGAGAAAAACCAGGAGAACGACGAACCCAUCGAUCCCAAUUCUGGUAGGUUUGUGAGGUACCAAUUCACGCCACAAUUUCUAAAAUUGAAGACCGUCGGUGCCACUGUCGAGUUUACUGUGGGUGGUAAACCAGUCAAUCGAUUUCGAAUGAUCGAGAGGCAUUUCUUCAGGGAUAAACUUCUCAAAACGUUUGAUUUUGAGUUUGGGUUUUGCAUUCCAUAUUCACGAAAUACGUGUGAGCAUAUUUAUGAAUUCCCUGUGCUACCCCCAGAUUUAGUUAAUGAGAUGAUUGCGUCUCCCUUUGAGACUCGCUCUGACAGCUUCUAUUUCGUCGACGACUCCUUAAUUAUGCAUAAUAAAGCUGAUUACGCUUACAACGGGGGGAUGUCGACAUAACCUCGAAAUUUAUACAGGGUUGUUACAAUAAAUUUUGAUGUAUACUGAUUGAAGGAUGAACCACUUUAUUGUAUUUCACAGUUUUUUUUGUGUUGCACUGUUACACGUUGAUAGCUUGAUGAAAUAUAGCACGCAGCUUUUUCUACGUUUUGAGACCAAAGUCUCUUUAUUUGUAGAAAGACUUGAAUAAAAUUAAUCAAAGUGAAUAUGCAAUAAAUUUAGAUGGUAAUCUUUGCACGAAUUGCAGGACUGGAGAAAGCAGGGGCUUAGAGGGACACAGUCCCGGUUAUUUCUUUUAAGGUAGAACUAGAGAGUAGUUCCUUUUGAUUCUGAAACCGAUUUUUACCACUCGACACUGUGUUUCACUAGGAUUGUGAUAAAUAUAAAUGUGUUCUAAAUUGUGUAAGGGAUUUAUGUACAUUUAAAUGCAUUUAUUUACAAAAUAUACGAUUUAAUGACA